AUGUCGCAACAAGAAACCCUGGCCCAAAGCUCGAAAGCGAUGUACUCCGAAUCCGCUCAACCCCAUGGAGACGACGAAGCUCGUCACGACUCCGACGACGAGCCCAUGGUCUACAUGAUUCCAAGGGACUACGCCACUGCAGCGCGUGAGGAGCGCCAAAGCCUCCUCGCUGAAGGUGCCGAUCCUGACUCGAUCAUCCUACAGAGCGAGUUACACAAUUAUGUCCCUCGAAAAGAAAACGACACUGUCAACGAAUAUACGAAGCGUUACGCCGAUACUAUGAUGGACAUGACUCGUCGCGGCGUUCGGAUUCUGAACGAUAUGCUUAUUGCCGACCCAGUGCCCACCACAUUCGGAACCGCGUCUGGCAAAUUUUUCGAUUUAGGCCCCAAAUCGGGUACGACAAAAGGGGAGUAUCGAGAAUUUAUGCAAUGGCUCUUUGGAGUUCAGGAAGCAGAACAUAUUGAGGUGCCGGAGAAGUGGUUGAAGUUUGAGAAGCCAGCCGACUAUUUGAAGGAAAAGAUGAACAGUGAAUUGAUAGCUGAUGCUAGAAUCAUGCAUUCCAGACUUACGAACCCUUGA